AUGGGCGAUGGUGGAUCGACGCCAAAUCUACUGGUACUAUCUGCUGCCUCUGCCGAUGCCGCUGCCACCGGCGACCGGCGGCGUUGGCGUCGGCGUCGACUUUCUUUGGCCGCACCGCUCUCGUUUUUUUUUUUGGCUCGGCUGGCCAUUCGCUUCCGACUUGCCGACUUGCCGCUCAGUCUGAAAAGUUCAUGUGACGCGUCGAGAACGCUGCGAUUUCGAGUCCGCCACCGCUACCGCUGCCCGAUUUCUGAUUGCCGAGGCAAACAGCGCGCUCCAAGGGAAUCCCUGCGGCAUCUGCAAUCGCAACGCAUCUCUUGCACCUGCCACGCCGCCCAGGUGGAGGUGGAUCGCUCAGAACACUGUUUGCAGACAAAGCAUUUAAUAAUGUAAGACUGCCCUAAGACUUGCCGUUCUGUAAUUACACACGAGUCGGGGGAAAGGAGAAAGUAGAAAGGAGCAGGAGUCGAAUAGUCGACUUGCACCAGAAA